AUGGGUGUAUCCAUUGCCAUCGCGGUCGUCCAAAUUAUGGUGGUCAUUGCUCGGUUCUAUGCCCGCUAUUUACAGAGAGUCGCCUACGCCGUCGAUGACUACCUAAUUAUACUCUCUUUGAUUGCCAGCCUAGGACAGUCAGCGUUAUACAUAGUCUUGCUAAAGAUUGGUGGGCUGGGCUAUCAUCUCGAAUACGCUAUGCAGACUCCCGAGAAACUCGUUAAUCUUCAAAAGGGACUCGUUGCAAACCAAAUUCUCGAUUUCCCUUUUACCGUGACCCCCGCGAAGAUUUCGAUCCUUCUCUUUUACAUUCGCAUCUUCAGCACGCCGAAGUUCCGCAUGAUAGCCUAUACGGUUGGUUUUAUUGUCCUAGGCCACGGGAUCGGGGUCUUUUUCGCGGCGAUAUUCCAAUGUUCCCCUGUGCAGUAUGCAUGGGAUAAGACCCUUGAGGGUGGAUCGUGCUUUGACCAACAGGCGUUCUAUCGCUAUGUCUCGCCUCCGAAUAUCCUGACAGAUGUCUUGAUCUUGGUCAUGCCCAUGCCAUUUGUUUGGAAACUUCAUACACGAAUGACACAGAAACUCGCACUGACGGGUGUCUUCCUACUUGGAGGAUUGGGGACUGUCGCAAGCAUUUUGCGCAUGACUAUCUUCUUCCAGGAGAAUGCUCUUACUGACCCAACCUGGGCAUCGGUUAACCUAGGUAUCUGGACCGUACUGGAAGCAGGCAUCAUUAUCAUUUCGGCUUGUCUCCCUUCUAUCUGGCCGUUAAUCGUUCGGAUUCUACCACGCAGAUUGGUGAGCAAACACUCCUCCAAGGCCCGAGGUCACCGGUACACCGCUAGCAAUGUCAAGGCGAAUGUAGGUGAUGGCUUCUCCCGGCUUGGGGAGAACGCCACUGGGGAGACGGACAAGUGGCCCCUCGACGCGAAUCCCCUGCACGAGAGCCAACCUGCAUCUAUACACGGUCAAGGACUAGUGAAGGGUGACAGCAUAUCACUACGGAGUCUGAAUGAGACCCGACAGGAGCCGCGAUAUUCAUGA